AUGGCCUCUUCAAUGCCAAUUCAACGUAAAAAAACUUCUACCUCACCAACGAUAAUUUCGGACUCUUCAGAUAAUGAUCGUAAAGAAAUUAAGAAGUCACCUUCUUUAGUUAUGAUUCUAUUACAAGGAACAUUAGUUGUAAUUAUAGUAUUCUUCCUAAGUUCAUAUCUUUUCACUGAUACUUGGACUUGGGGUUAUAACAAUAAGUAUACUAAUUGGAGAAAUUGGAUUCCCCGUAAAGAAAUGAUAUUCACUGAAGAGGAACUUGCUAAAUAUGAUGGAUCCGAUGAAAAUUUGCCCAUCUAUCUUGCCAUAAAUGGUGAGGUUUUUGAUGUUACUGGAGGAAAGCAUUAUUAUGGAAAGGGUGGUGGAUACAGCUUCUUUUCUGGAAAAGAUGCCUCCCGUUCUUACGUGACAGGAUGUUUCGAAACUCAUCUAACUCAUGACUUGCGUGGAUUAACACGUGAACAACUUAAGGAUCUUGAAAAUUGGGUUAGUUUUUAUCGUGAUCAUCAUACAUAUUAUAGAGUUGGACGAGUUGUUCAUAAACCUAUUGAUCCAAAUUCACCAAUUCCUCCUCCUUGUAAUGAUGCAUCUGAUAAAAAAUCGUAA